CAUGAAUAGAUGUGAAUAUUGAUUUGUUGGUUUUGUUUCUUUUCUUCGCAACGAAAUUUGUGAAAACAAAGUGAAGUUUAAUUUGAGAAAUGUUUUCUGUGGAGGCGGAAAUCGAGUUUUAUUUCUGUUCUAAACGUAUGUUAUGAUCGGUCAAAUGGGGAACUGUUUUCCGUGGAAGAAUAAACGGAAAAGUCUGAGUUUGUUAAUGUUGGGAUUGGACAACGCUGGUAAAACAACUGCAGUAAAAUGUGUGCAAGGAGAUACGUUAGAUGUUGCUCCAACUGUUGGAUUCUCGGAAGCUAACGCCAAGUUUGGUGAUUAUGAUCUUCGAAUCAUGGAUGUUGGAGGCGGAAGAUCAAUACGAGGAGUUUGGAAACAUUACUUGGCCGAAGCUCAUGGGAUUAUAUUUGUGGUUGAUGCGAGUGACAAGGAUCGAACAGAGGAAGGGAAAGAAGCGCUCGCUAAUGUCUUGGAACAUCAGUUCGUGGCUGGGAAACCUAUUCUACUACUAGCAAACAAGCAAGAUGUGAGUGGGGCAAUGAACGAAGCCGAUAUAUGCGACGCACUUGAUCUACAAACUGUUGUGAAUAGGAACAGAUGCCCAUGUAAAGUGGAACUUUGUGCGGCAAUCAAGAGCAAACCAAAGAAAAUUGAUCCUUCGUUACAACAAGGGUUGGGUUGGCUGGUGAGGAAUAUUUCAUCCAACUUUGAAUCCAUCACUUCGAGGAUGGAGGAAGAUAUGAGGAAGCAAGAUGAGGAGAGGAAGAAGGAAGCGGAGGAGAGAGCUGAGAGGGUGAGGAUAAAGAGAGAGGAAAGACAGAAAAGAGAAGCUGAAGAGAAAGAAAAGGAAGAAGGGAAAACAAAUGAUGAGUCAGCAGCAAAUGGUUAUGACAAUGCAGUUAAUAAACCGGACUCGUCGGAAACUGAAUUAAAAAUGCCGAUUCAUGAAUCCAUUGUGACAUCAUCACAUAGCGUGAGGUCGGGACUUGGAGAUGAAAUUCUCGACGAAGAUGAUGAUGUCAAUAUCCCGGGAGCCGUGAUAUCUCAUGACGUGAUCAAAAGCAUCACGAAUCAUGAGGAUUCAUGCACGGAGUCGCAACAGAGGAGUAGGACCUCUAGUGGCCGGAAUACUCCGCUGGAAAACCAUGAAUCGGAAUCUCAAGAUACGACCAUUGUUACCGACAACGGUGACGAUAAUGGAGAUCUAAAGUCGAAGAAGAAGAAGAAAAAGACAAAGAAAAGCAACCGAGUGAAUCCCAUGGACACCCUCCCACCCCUUAGUACAGGGAGCAUGGGUCAGUUGAAACCGCUUAAACUCGCACCUUUAUCAAUGGAUGGAAAACCUAACGGCGAUGCCGCAACUUUUGAUUUACAACCGUUGCCGCCACUUAAACGACCGAAUGCAGAUUCUGAGGAAGACAUUGUUGUUUAAUCUUCGUCCUGUUGCAAUAUUCUCUAUUACUUGUUACAAGGUUCCAUAGAAACAUUAUAUCUUUGGUUUCUUCUUUGGGGAUUUCCCACUUGAAGCAUCUGGUUUCCGUUUGAGCGCUUUCACUUUUCUGAGCUGAAGAUUCUUUAAGUCUUGUGACGUCAUGUGGAUUCGACCUUUCUUUGCUCCGAAAACAUCCGAAGAAAUAUUCUUCACUUUCCUGGGCUGUAAAUUUGAGGAAAAUAUUUAGAAAUCUUUUUAAACUUUCAUAUUUCGCUAACGGUACAGUUUGAUAUUUUUUUAAUUUUUGGUGUUAGCUGCAUUAUUUUCUUACAAAUUAUGCACAUUUUCAUUCAUAUUCUUUUUCUAAUUUAUAGACUUUUAUAUUAAAUGUAAGAUUGUUAGUUUA